AUGGACAAGGAGAACGUCAUUGAAAUGGAAGCCAUUGAGGACCCCAAGCCGGGAUCCUUUCAAGUCGUUAGCACCGGCCAGCAGUCGUCUUGGGCGGCACAGUUCGCGUACUUGAAGAAGUGCCGCCAGUCUGUUUUUGCAGCCACCGCUUGUUCGUCCGCUGCCGUCCUCGUCGGAUUCGACCUUACCCUCAUUGGUUCCAUCAUCGCCAACAAGCAAUACGUCAAGUCCUUUGGGGUUUACGAUUCCAAUGCCGAGACCUGGACGCUGCCUGCGAGCCAGCAGCUUGUCUGGACCAUCGUCCAGUUCGGGGCAGCCUUUCUCGGGGCCUUUGCAGCAGGCCUGGGAAAUGACAAGUUUGGCCGCCAGAUUCUCUUCUAUAUGUUCAUCGCUUUUACCACUAUCGGCACCACUAUCGAACUGGUAUCACCUAACUGGAAGGUCUGGGUUGUUGCCAAGUUGUUCAUGGGAUGGGCCAUGGGCUCCAUGUGGGCCUGUACGCCAACCUAUGUUUCCGAACUUGUUCCUCAGCAACUCCGAGGCUUUAUGCUUGCUCUGUUCCAGUUCUGGAUCAUGCUGGGUUCCUUCCUCGCAAGCUGUGUCUUGGAGGGAACUAGCAGGAUCGACAACGCAUGGUCCUGGAAGGCCGCGGUUGUUUCGCAGUACGGGAUGGGACUUGUCUGCUUAGUCUCCUUCGUUAGCCUUGUGCCGGAAUCGCCAUACUAUCUUAUUAGAAAUGGCAAGAUCGACAAAGCUAAAGAUGCUCUCUUGAAGCUUCGGAAGGGUGAGCCCGACUACGACGUGGAUAUGGAUAUCGAGUCCAUAACGCAGACCAUGGCACAUGAGAAAGAAGCCUCUCAGUCUUCGGCUUCCUACUUGGACUGCUUUCGCGGCAGCGAUCUACGUCGUACGCUGUUAGCAUGCUUACCGCUCGUCAUGCAGCAAGUCGCCGGCUAUCAACUUUGCGGCGGCUACCUUGCCUAUUUUCUGACCCUCUCUGGCCUCAACAGUCCUUUCGUCAUUACCGUCGUCUCAUUUUUUCUCGGUAUGAUUGCAGUUCUUGUCGCAUUUGCCUUGAUCGAAAAGGUCGGGCGACGAACGCAGUUCCUGGGUGGUGCUUUGGGGAUGCUUCCAUGCCUGGCAGUCAUCGCCAUCUUGGGUUUCGUGGGUGUGGGAACUACCGCAAAUGGCAACAGUCUGGCAGCAUUCUCUAUCAUUUGGAACGUCCUCUACUUCUUAUCUCUUGGAGCUGUGGGAUGGACAAUUACAGGAGAGAUGUCUUCUCUGCGCCUACGCGCCAAGACAACGUCCAUUGCCGCUGGAGUCAACUCGUUGCUCAGCCUGGCGUCUUCUGUUGGCAUUCCCUAUCUGCUGAACGCCGAAGAACUCAACCUUGGCCCGAAGGCGGCACUCUGCUUCUUGGUUCCCAGCACGUUCCUGUCGUUGCUUGCUUACUUUGUGGUUCCCGAGACCAAGGGCAAGUCUUUUGACGACCUGAACCGCCUGUUUGAGGCCAAAACCCCUGCCAGAGAGUUUGUUUGA